UUAAAUAUGAAGGCGAUACGAGUCUACUGGUAGCGACUGCAGAUUUUCCUCCGACCUCUAGAAGACGCUGGUGAGUUUACUCUUCAGUGAAGAAAACGGCUCGCCACGCAUGCGCAUUUGGCUGACCUUCUGUCUCAACAAGCAUGGCUGCGCGGACGCUGUCAAGAGGGUUAUGGGGGUUACGACCUUGUUGGACUGCGUCUCUCUACAAUGGACACAAUUAUUCCACGGCAGCGUCCGUUAAGACACCACCUCAAACACAAAGCGAUGAGGAUUCAGGCAACAGAAUUCUGUCCCUGCCACUUGAGAAGCCGGACUUUUUCCACGUGUCCGAGUUGUUCUCCUUAAAAGAUCUGUUUGAAGCCAGAGUACAUCUUGGGCACAAGAAAGGCUGCAGACACAGGCUGAUGGUACCGUACCUCUACGGCUGCAGACUGGACCAGGACAUCAUUGACCUGGACCAGACUGUGGAGCACCUCCAAGCAGCCCUCAACUUCACUGCCCACGUAGCUUACCGCGGUGGCAUCAUCCUCUUCAUCAGCCGCCGCAGACAGUUUGUCCACCUGAUCGAAAAAAUGGCAAAGGAUUGCGGUGAGUAUGCUCACACGCGCUACUGGCGAGGCGGCCUCCUCACCAACGCUCCGAUCCAGUACGGCGUGGGGGUCCGUUUGCCGGACCUCAUCGUCUUCCUCUCUACCCUCAACAACGUCUUUGAGCCGCACGUGGCCAUCAGAGAUGCAGCCAAGAUGAACAUCCCCACCGUGGGAGUGGUGGACUCCAACUGCAACCCCAGCAUGCUCACCUACCCCAUUCCCGGCAACGACGACACCCCUCUCGCCAUGGAGCUGUACUGUCGGUUAUUCCAGAUGACGAUAAACCGAGCCAAAGACAAGAGGAAACAGAUGGAGCUGCUGCACGGACUUUCCGAGUCUAAAUCAUAAGAUCCAAUGAAAGACUUUGAAAUAUUUUUUUUUUUAUCGAUUUGAGUGAUAACCCUGUUAUUUAACCAGUCAAGAGGUGAACCAGGAUGGACUCACUCAUGGACUUCACUUUAGAAUUAUGUACCAUUGUAAAAUGCAUUCUAAAAAAAAAUAAAUAUCACAUUAUUUGA